AUGCAGAAUGCUUCACCUGCACAGAAGCUGAGUACUGGCGACACCCUUCCCUUGACAUCGGAGGAUAUCCAGGCGAGCAAGCCUGCGACUGAUUCUUGCGAGCUCCGAAGUGACAAGGGAGUGCAGCGAGUGCCAAGUCACGAAGUGAUCACGGCAAAGGAUGGGUUCCAGUCGGAGUUCCAGUACAAGAGCUGCGUGCCAUGGCCGGUGACGGAUACAGGGAGCGACGCGCUCGCGUUCUACUCAGCCAACUACUGUACCAACACAGCGUUCGAGAAGACCUCUACGACUUGCUUGAGCGGAUGGUGCACCAAGACAGUGACAGAGUGCCAGUGUAACGUGCAGAGGUGCAACCUCGGGGUCAGGUUGGGAGUUCACAACCUGAUCACUGCCGUCAUGUCUUCUCUGUUUUGCCUGCCCAUCCGUCAGACCCUCACCUUCCUGCAGCAGCAGCAGCAGCAGCAGCAGCAGCAGCAGCAGCAGCAGCAGCAGCAGCAGCAGCAGCAGCAGCAGCAGCAGCAGCAGCAGCAGCAGCAGCAGCAGCAGCAGCAGCAGCAGCAGCAGCAGCAGCAGCAGCAGCAGCAGCAGCAGCAGCAGCAGCAGCAGCAGCAGCAGCAGCAGCAGCAGCAGCAGCAGCAGCAGCAGCAGCAGCAGCAGCAGCAGCAGCAGCAGCAGCAGCAGCAGCAGCAGCAGCAGCAGCAGCAGCAGCAGCAGCAGCAGCAGCAGCAGCAGCAGCAGCAGCAGCAGCAGCAGCAGCAGCAGCAGCAGCAGCAGCAGCAGCAGCAGCAGCAGCAGCAGCAGCAGCAG